AGUACUUUAGGAAGUCAGGACAGCCACGUCACAUCGGAGUUUAAACAAAAGACCAACCAUCCAGUGAAAGGCAAAGAAGUAACAAACCACUGCAACCUACACUGAGGAGAAAAAACAGAUAAGGUGACACCCUGGACAUGGCCUCAGACAUCCACAUGCCAGGCCCGGUGUGCCUCAUUGAGAACACUAACACGCAACUAGUGGUUAAUCCAGAAGCUUUGAAGAUCCUGUCUGCCAUUACACAGCCUGUUGUGGUGGUGGCCAUUGUGGGUCUCUACCGCACAGGCAAAUCCUACCUGAUGAACAAGCUGGCUGGGCAGCAAAAAGGCUUCUCUCUAGGCUCCACCGUUCAGUCUCACACCAAAGGCAUCUGGAUGUGGUGUGUACGUCACCCUAAGAAACCAAACUACACCCUAGUUCUGCUUGACACUAAGGGGCUGGGAGAUGUAGAGAAGGUAAGUGUUGAAGAUUCAAUUUGGAGACAAUCCCCUCAUUUCUAGGUAUUGUCUACACUAUUUAAUAUUUUUUCUUUUUAAAAAUUUUAUUAUUAUUAUUUUAAUUUUUAUUCAAAU